GCCAAGAAGAAAAACCAUCCAUAAAAAACCAUCCAUUUCCCAAAAAACCCAUGGAAAACCCAAAUCAUCCCAACACUCCCCAUGAUUUCCCCCACUUUUAAAUCCUCAAAUCCCCAUUUUUAGCAGGGAAUUUUUUUGGGAUUAUUUCUCCAAAUUCCUUGGCUCAGCCAAGGAAUUUAUUUUUCCCCCAGCCUGCAUGGACAGAGCGACCUUUGCCUGUUCCACCGCUUUUUUCCGGGAUUUUGGGAAUUCUCCUCCGCGUGCUCUCCCCGGGGGCCACGUGGAUUUUAUUGACAAAGUUGAUUCCUUCACUUAUUCCGAUUUUUUCCGGGAUUAUCUCAUUCCCAACCACCCCUGCGUUCUCUCGGCCAAAUUCACCGAGGAUUGGGGCAGCAGGAAAACCUGGGUGACGCGGGAUGGGAAACCCAACUUUGAGCAUCUCCUGCAGAACUUUGGAGAAGCCGUGGUGCCCGUGGCCAACUGCGACGUCCGGGAGUACAACUCCAACCCCAAGGAGCAGCUGCCCUUCCGGGAAUUCCUGGAAUAUUGGCGGGAACGCAUCGGGAACGGGCACCGCUCCCCCCGCGGCUGCCUCUACCUCAAGGACUGGCACCUGAGCAGGACGCCGUUCCACGCCGACGUGUUCCGCUCCUACAGCUGGUCGGCCAACGUGUGCGGCCGGAAGAGGUGGCUGCUGUAUCCCGCGGGACAGGAGGAAUUCCUGCGGGAUCGCCACGGGAACCUCCCCUUCGACGUGACGGCGCCGGAUCUGCGGGAUGAGCGGAUUUAUCCGCGCUCCAGCCGGAGCCAGCCCCCGCUGGAAAUUCUCCAGGAGCCCGGAGAGAUCGUCUUCAUCCCCAGCGGGUGGCACCACCAGGUUCACAACCUGGUGAGGGCACGGAUCCGCUGGGAAUUCCACCGGGAAAGGGAU